UGCUGCUGCUGGAGGGGAAGGAAUGUGUGACUGACAGAAGACACCGAGGCUUUGGCUGACAUAUUUUGCUUUAAAGCAAAGGUCCCUUUGCUGCCUGAGCCUGGCCCAACAAGGACAGGAGAGGGAAGGAGGAAUGAUCUCCAGGCUCCUCUCUCCCAUUAGCAGUGUCUUCUCAAGAAACUCGCAGUGUGUUUAUGGGUCCGAUUUCAGAACAGCCCUGUCUGCUUCUAGAAAGGGACACACUGGGAUUUUUGCUUUGUGUCUGCUCUCUUGAGAUGAUGGAGGGACAUUGAUCAGUGUGCUAUUGCCGUGGCAGCUGAAGUGAUGGAACUGCUCUGACUCCCAGCAGGUCCCAGGAGCACCCCAAGCCUCAUCUCCAGUAACACGGCCCGGGCUCACCAUGGCAGCAGGAGUGGCAGCGUGGUUGCCCUUCGCCAGGGCGGCUGCCAUAGGAUGGAUGCCGGUGGCCAACUGUCCCAUGCCACUGGCUCCAACGGAGAAGAACAAGAGGCAGGAUGAGCUGAUCAUCCUCAAUGUGAGUGGCAGGCGUUUCCAGACCUGGAGGACUACACUGGAGAGGUACCCGGACACUCUCCUGGGCAGCACAGAGAAGGAGUUCUUCUUCAAUGAAGACACCAAGGAGUAUUUCUUUGACCGGGACCCCGAGGUCUUCAGGUGCAUCCUCAAUUUUUAUAGAACUGGCAAGCUGCACUACCCCAGGUACGAGUGCAUCUCUGCCUACGACGAAGAGCUCGCCUUCUACGGGAUCCUUCCCGAGAUCAUCGGGGACUGCUGCUACGAAGAGUACAAGGACAGGAAGCGGGAGAACGCGGAGCGGCUGAUGGAUGACAACGACUCGGAGAACAACCAGGAGGGCUCCAUGCCCUCGCUGAGCUUCCGGCAGACCAUGUGGCGAGCCUUCGAGAACCCCCACACCAGCACCUUAGCCUUAGUCUUUUACUACGUCACCGGGUUCUUUAUCGCCGUGUCUGUGAUCACCAACGUGGUGGAGACCGUGCCCUGCGGCACCGUGCCGGGUAACAAGGAGCUGCCCUGCGGGGAGCGCUACGCCGUGGCUUUCUUUUGCCUGGACACGGCGUGCGUGAUGAUCUUCACCGUCGAGUACCUGCUGAGACUCUUCGCGGCGCCCAGCCGCUACCGCUUCAUCCGCAGCGUGAUGAGCAUCAUCGACGUGGUGGCCAUCAUGCCCUACUACAUCGGCCUGGUGAUGACCAACAACGAGGACGUCAGCGGAGCCUUUGUCACGCUAAGGGUUUUUAGGGUUUUCAGGAUUUUCAAGUUCUCCCGCCAUUCCCAAGGCCUGAGGAUCUUGGGCUACACUUUGAAGAGCUGUGCCUCCGAGCUUGGCUUUCUCCUCUUUUCCCUCACUAUGGCAAUCAUCAUCUUUGCAACUGUGAUGUUUUAUGCAGAGAAAGGGUCCUCGGCAAGCAAAUUCACCAGUAUUCCUGCUUCCUUUUGGUACACUAUUGUAACCAUGACAACACUGGGGUGA